AUGCCUCUGAACUCCUCUGACGACAACCGGACCAUCUCUGUGUUCACCUCCAAACUGACCCCUGCUGCUGACAUAUGUGUGGGACUGGCCAUUCUCUCCGUCGUUCUGCUCUCAGUUCUGGGCAAUGGGCUGGUUUUGGUGAUCUGUUACCGCAGGAGGAAGAAGAUGGUGGGCUCGGAGCUGCUGUGCGUCAACCUGGCCGUGGUCGACUUCCUCUGCUGCAUCUGCUUCUACCCGCUCUCCAUCCUGUCCUCGUUCCACCAUGCGUGGCUGGGGGAAAACAUCACAUGCGUUUACUACGGCCUCGGCUGCUACAUCUUCGGACUGUGCAGCAUGUUCACCAUCACCGCCAUCAGCAUCAUCCGCUACCUGAAGACCUUCUACAGCUUGGUUUACGCCGUGUGGCUAGAAGGAGCCAACAUCCGAAUAGCGUGCUGUGCCAUCUGGCUGGUCGCUGCCGUGUGGUCCAGCUUCCCUCUGUUCGGCUGGGGUGAGUACGUCCCCGAGCCUUACGGCCUGUCCUGCACCAUCGCCUGGAGGGGGUAUCAUACCUCAGCGAAGGACGCGUUCUACGUCAUCUGCUCCUUUGCCUGCUUCACACUGGUUCCUGUCCUCCUCAUCGUGGUGUCCCAGUGUCGGAUCCUCUACAAGGUCUCCCGCUUCUCCUACUCGCUGUCUGCGAGGGGCAUCCGCAACAACCUGCGACACGCUGAAAAACGCCUCUCCGUGAUGUUUUUCUGCAUUAGCCUGGGUUUCGUGAUUGCCUGGGCCCCGUACGCUGUCGUGUCCUUCCUCUUCAUUUUCCACAAGGAGCACUGGUACAUGGCUCCUGAGGGCUUUGUUUUCCCAGCCCUCUUCGCCAAAAGCUCCCAUGUCUACAACCCGUUCAUCUAUUUCUACUUUAACAAGACUUUCCAGCGGGAACUGCGCUGCCUGCUCGUCUCAUUCUGCCCCAAGCUGGGGGGAAACCGAGUGGGGGUCCACAUCGCCGCGGGCCAUCAAGCCCCGUACCCGAUCCACAUUCAGCUCCAGGAAAGAAGCUGCAUCCAAAAGAAGAACUUCGGUGUGUCUCAGGACAGAAAUCACAGUAAGAGCAAGAGCAGAGGCAGAGUAACGCACACCAGUGGCAACCGUGUCCACAGCAGGCCCGUUUACACCUGCUGGGGGUCCACGUCGAGGAAUGCCCCCACCAUCUUGGGCAAUGAACCUGCCAAAGCCUCCCUACCUGUCUCUAUAUGAGCUCUGUCUAUUACGCUGUUGGGACGGGGAUCUGAGAUUUCAAGGUUAAACUGGAGACAGCCAUCGAUCAAACAGUCUGGUCCUGUACUGUGUCACUGAAGACACAGAAAUUAAUCAGGGUCCCUGUUGCAGUUUUUGCAAAUGAGUGAGCUUAUAAAAUAUAAGACUUUCUAUCUGGAUUGGAUGCAACUCUGGGAGACUGAGCAGCUGACUGUCCGACAGCCUGUUAUCCUGUUAAGUCUUUAAAAAAUGUAUACACUCCAUAAGUAAAAAGUAGUGGCUGCGUAGUAAAGCAUGUCUUUUGUUGCCAUAACGAGCCCAUGGGGGUCACAAAAGUGAUACAGUUAUCAUACACUGUAUGUGCUAAAUUCAGCGUUAUGCAUGCAAAGGCAUGCAACUGUGCAUCAGUUUGCACAGUACUGACG